AUGGACAUAGUGAAAGACUUUUACUUGUGUCUCGCUGCCAUUGCGCUCACACUAACGUGCGUUGCCGUGGACAGUAAAGCGUGCGAAUCAGUGCCCUAUGUGACACGCGACUUCUGGAAUGCUUUGCCACCGAAACGGGUGGAACGUUUUGCCGGUCCGAUCCCGUACGUCAUCAUACACCAUUCGUAUAUACCGGCGGCGUGCUACAACGGUGUGAAGUGCAUCGCGGCCAUGCAACAGAUGCAGCAAAUGCAUCAGGUAGUUCGGCAAUGGAACGACAUCGGCUAUAGUUUCGCUAUCGGUGGGGAUGGCCGUGUGUACCAGGGACGUGGCUUCAAUGUCGUUGGUGCCCACGCUCCCAGGUACAACGAUCGGAGCGUUGGGAUCUGUCUAAUAGGCGAUUGGGGUUCGGAUUUGCCACCCAAAAACAUGCUUACUGCAGCACAACAACUGAUCGAGUACGGUGUCCGCAACUCCCUCAUAGCACAGAACUACACCCUGCUCGGGCAUCGACAGGUGCGCACCACCGAAUGUCCUGGUGAUCGAUUGUUCGAGGAGAUCAAAACAUGGCCCCAUUUCAACCCGAUGACGGACAUCGUAGAUCAGAACAGUGUCUAA